AUGACGAUUCACACUAGUUUUCUGACGGUUAUUGUGGUUUUCUUGGUGUUUUUGAACGGGAGUGAUGGGAAUAUUGGAAACUGUGACCUUAGCACCCCACCACCCAGUUGGCUUUCCACCAACGCCACCGGAAUCCUGGAUUGGGCGACUGCCGGACAACCGACAAAUGGAUCCAAUUUUUGUGUUCAGGGUUCCCACGACGACCAUACCUUCCACGUGGCGUAUCACAUCGAUUUGGGAAGUACCCCUGGAGAAGAGGUCAAAAAAUAUGUAGAUCACGAUUAUCGAUUGGGUUCAUCACAGAAUGGAUGUGUGAAUAAUAACACAAGAAUUGUGUAUUGUUUUGCACUUUGUUUGAAUGACACGUUGCAGAAUAUGGUAAUCGAGUCCGCGCUGAAAUCCAACCAAGUCUCAUUUGUAGCUCAAGACAUCCAGAAAACUACACAACUCGAUUGGGCGAUUACAGUUAUGCAGGUAGACUACAACGACCCGAACACUCAUCUGAAUGCAAGUGCCUUCCUGGUCGCAGACGCCUACUGUAGUGUCUAUAUUGGAAUUAAGCCUAAGUUAGGGUUUGAUUAUUUGUAUGAGAUUCAGUUGGGCAAGAUUUUGAAGGAUUAA